AUGCAGGAGCGGCGGCAGAAGUUUUACCCUGCCGACGAAGUCGUCGCGCUGGUGCGCUCCCUCGACCGGCCGCAGGACGAGGGCCUCUUCUCGAAGGACGUCCUGCUCGUCUACCCGCACCUCGCCGAGGAGUACACGCGGGUGUGUCCGCGGCGCUGCGACCUCGCCACUGCCGCGGAGAAGGCCGCCAGUGACGCGUACAGCUAUGACGUGAAGCUCACCGCGCUGCGGGACGACGUUGAGUUGAUGGUGAGCAACUGCCUCCGCUUCAACGGCACGGAGGGGGUCCUGGCCGACAUCGCCAACCGCUUCGAGGCCUUCGCGAAGGCGCAGAUCGACGCGUACGUCGCGAAGAAGACGGGGGGGCGGCGGGCGUCGUCGUUUCGCCUGUCCGCCGCCGCGGGCGAGACGACGCGCGGAAAACGCCAGCGUGAGGAGUCUAGAACCGCGUCGGGCGCCAGCAGCCCCCAGCAGUCGCAGCAGCCCAGGGGCGGCGGCAGGGGUCACCCCGGCCCCGCCAGCGGCAGCUCCGUGAGCAGCGCGGAGGUUGUCAAGCUGGUGGAGUCGCUGAACCGCCGCGAGGACAAGGGCGCCUUCGCGGUGGACGUGGCGACGGCGUACCCGGAGCUGCGGCAGUCGUACGCGGCGGUGUGCCCGGUGCAGAUGAACCUCAUCCUUGCCAGGGAGCGGGCGGCGAGCGGCUACUACCUCGGGCUGCCGCAGCAAGCCGCGCCCGCAGAGCCGCAGACGCAGUCCAGGCGCAGGCAACUCUCGGCGAGUGAGGCGUCGACGUCGGCUGUCUUUGGCGGCACGGUCGCCCAGUCGCUGGUGCUGCUGCGGAACGAUGUGGAGCUGAUGGUCUCCAACUGCCUCCGAUUCAACGCCAAUGCGCAGGCGUGGGUGAAACUCGCAAAGUCCUUUCAUUCCUUUGCCCACAAGAAGAUUGACGACUUCGUGCUUCGCCACGCGCCCGCCCUCAAAGGCACCAAGUCCGGCGUCGACGCGUACGUCCGCGAGGCGGAGCAACCGCCGUCGUCGCAGCAGAAGCAGGAGUCACCGUCGCCGUUAUCGCAAUUGCGGCAGCCACGGCCCAGCAGCAUCCAAGACGACGAGCGGGCGGGGGGAGGCACACUUCCCACUGCGGCUGCUGCGGCUGCAUCCACACCAGUGAAUGAAAAGAAGGAAGCGGCGACGGUGGCCGCGAAACUUCCGCCGAAGCCCCCGGCGGUGACGGUUGUGAAGUACACUACACCAACAGUUGUGCCAACCGCACUGCAGCCGGUAUUUGCAACCCCGGAUGCGCUGCGUCGGCGGCUAGUCUCGGAUCACCUCCACCGCGGGACACUGCGAGCACGGCUUAUCCGCCCAGCCUCUCCUCCUCCUCCUCCUGCUCCUGUUGCUGCUGCUGCUGCUGCUAGUGGUGAUACGGGGGGCAACAACGACGCGAAUAGUAAUAAUAAUGCGGAGACGGAGAGACAAGUAGAAGAGGAGGGGGACGGCGACCGGAAUGAAGGGACGCGGCUUAACUCCGCCCGGCACACGUUUGACCCUGCACUUAGCUGCCGCGCCGUUCUUCGUGCCUUUGCCGCCUCUGUGCAGGAUUUCUAUCGGUCGCAGCGGGAGCGCCAAGACUUCACCUCCCCGUUUGAGUACCCGCGGCAGGAGGAGCAACUCUACAUGGACUGCAUUGCUCUCAUUGAGCAGCAGUUUGAGCAGCUUUUUCUCCACACCCUCCUGUACGACCAGGAGAAGGCGGACUGCUACGAGUGGAGCGCCGAGAAGGCAGUUCGGAGGCUCGUCAAAAAUAACGCGGCCGCCCCUGACACCUCCUCCGCUGGCGGUGGGUUCUGCUGGCUGGGUGAUGUGCACCUGUGCUACCUCGUCCGCCUCCUGCAGCACUUCCCACAACUCAUGGGACUCGCCUGCGCCACACCCGCGCACUCGACGACGACGACGACGACAAGCGCGAAGCCGGCCCUGCACCUCACGGAAGUGGCGAAGGGCGUCAUAGAAAAGCUUGCCAGAAUCACGGAGGAGCUGUUGGCGUUUAUUGCACAGUAUGAGCAGAAUGUGGUAACUCUGGCGAGUCCUGAGGAAAGCGGACGGGGGCCGUAA